GCCAAAGCCAUUCAACAGACUGCAAGUAAUACUACAACAUUUGAAGAUGUCUAAGCAAACAGAUUCAACAGCUGACGUCUUGUUGGAAAAGAAAGGAGGUGCAGGAAUAAUAACUUUGAAUAGACCCAAGGCUCUCAAUGCACUCAAUAUUUCUAUGAUCCGACAAAUUUAUCCCCAAAUAAAGACUUGGGAGAAAGAUCCUGAAACUUUUCUAAUAAUUAUAAAGGGAACUGGAGGAAAAGCUUUUUGUGCUGGGGGUGACAUUAGAGCCAUCACAGAUGCAGGAAAAGUUGGAAAUAAGAUGACACAAGAUUUCUUCAAAGAAGAAUAUACCCUGAACAAUGCCAUUGGCACUUGCAAGAAGCCCUAUGUGGCACUUAUCGAUGGCAUUACAAUGGGAGGGGGAGUUGGCCUUUCAGUCCACGGACAUUUCCGAGUCGCUACAGAAAAGACAGUUUUUGCAAUGCCAGAAACAGCAAUAGGCCUUUUUCCUGAUGUAGGCGGAGGAUAUUUCUUGCCAAGACUGUCAGGAAAGAUUGGCUACUACCUUGCACUAACAGGAUUCCGGCUGAAAGGAAGAGAUGUACUAAAAGCUGGCAUUGCUACACAUUUUGUUGAAUCCGAAAAGCUACCUGCCUUAGAGAAAGACCUGAUAGCCCUGAAAUCUUCUUCAACAGAAAAUAUUGCAGACUUAUUGAACUCCUACCACAUGAAGAGCAAAGUUGAUCAAGAAAAGGAUUUUGUACUUGAUGAACACAUGGAGAAGAUUAACAGUCUUUUUUCAGGAAAUAGCAUGGAAGAAAUUGUUGACAAUUUAAAGCAAGAUGGUUCUCCUUUUGCCAUUAAGCAGCUAGAGGCUAUAAAUAAGAUGUCACCUACAUCCUUAAAGCUGACUCUCAGACAGCUCAGAGAAGGCGCUUCCAUGAGCUUACAAGAUGUACUCACAAUGGAAUACAGGCUGAGCCAAGCAUGCAUGAGAGGCCCGGACUUCUACGAAGGGGUUCGAGCAGUGCUGAUUGACAGAGACCAAUCCCCCAGAUGGAAGCCAGCUGCUCUCGAAGAAGUCAGUGAUGAGUUUGUGGAUGAUUGUUUUAAGCCACUGGGAAGCAAUGAUCUCAAGCUAUAA